AAUAAUAUCGAUACCUGCCUUAAAAUUAAUUAUCGAUUGCAAAAUUAUGUUUGUGUUUUUCUCUUUAAGUUCUCUAAUCGAAAUUUGAUUUUAGCAGAAAUAAGCUGUAAAUAACGUUUCUGUUAAGUAUUAAGCAGAAAACACAAAAGUGCGGAAAAUAAAUCUAGGUCUACAUCUUUUGGGAUGUAAUCUAUAUUUGCCAAAGAAUAAAUAUUGAAAUUUAGUUUAGCGUCGAGAGCAGUUUGCAGAUAAAAGAAAUUUGUAAUGUCUUUAUUGUUUACUGGAUCACCCAAAGUUCAUUCAAUACCUCGCCAUGUAUUGGUUCAAAAGAUGCUGGAAGAAAACAAUUUUCUGAUCAAAAUCAUAAAAUACUAUCAAAACAGAGGAAGAGCAAUAGAAGUGCACCAGCUUUUGCAAGUCUUGCAUCGAAAUAUGAUUCUUUUGGGAAGCAUUGCUGAUGAAAUAUAUAAUAUUUCCUCAAAUGAUGCACCCAAUUCUACCACUAGUUCGGAUGAGCAGACUUCAGGAACCCAAGACACUGGGUCUUCUGAUGACCAACAGGUCCAAUCAAAUACUUGAAUAAUACUUAUUUAAUUAUAUAUUUUCUGUAACUUUAUAGAAAAGGUGUAAAUAUAUGCAGCUGUAACAUAUUCAAUUGUAUUUGAAAUAUCUUCAUGGCAUUUUUUUGUAAAUAGUGUACAUACAUUUUAAAUAAAUAUGUAUAAAAAUGUU